GCUGACUACAUUAACGGUGGGGGGGCUUCUCUCCUAAAUUAUUUCAUCUUGCCCAAUGUCUUCUACAGUCAUCUUCUCAACUCUCCUCCUCGCUAUUCUCCUCCCUUCUUUAAACCAAACCCUAGCUUCAAUCUCCCCUCAAACCCUUCUGAAAUCAGCAAAGGAACCGGGAUUCUUCGACUGGUUGAAGACCAUAAGGAGGAGAAUCCAUCAGAACCCAGAGCUCUCUUUUGAAGAGUACGAGACCAGCGAGCUAAUCCGAUCCGAGCUCGACGCUCUCGGGGUUGAGUAUUCAUGGCCUGUUGCCAAGACUGGAGUCGUUGCCUCAAUUGGGUCCGGAGAUGGGCCCACUUUUGCUCUUAGAGCGGACAUGGAUGCUCUCCCUCUUCAGGAACUCGUAGAUUGGGACUACAAAAGCAAGCAAAGUGGAAAAAUGCAUGCAUGUGGUCAUGAUGCUCAUGUGACGAUGCUACUUGGUGCAGCCAAAUUGCUUCAAGAACGAAAGAACAAUUUGAAGGGAACCGUUAAGCUUGUUUUUCAACCGGCAGAGGAGGGUUAUGCUGGUGCUUAUCAUGUGCUACAAGAAGGUAUUCUGGACGAUGUUGAGGGCAUUUUCGGAUUGCAUGUUCACCCUUGGCUUCCCACUGGCACCAUUUCCUCUAGAUCUGGUCCUUUUUUUGCAGCAUCUGGGCGCUUUUUAGCAACAAUUAAAGGAGUAGGUGGGCAUGCAGCAUACCCGCUCCUAUUCAUAGAUCCAGUUGUUGCUUCUUCUUUUGCUAUUUUAAGCCUUCAGCAGCUUGUAUCCCGGGAAACAGAUCCUCAUGAAAGCUACGUUGUGUCAGUUGGAUUUAUUAAGGCUGGAGAAGCUCACAAUGUUAUUGAAGAUACUGUGACAUUUGGAGGCACUUUUAGGAGCAUGACUACUGAAGGGUUAUCUUACCUUAUGAGACGGAUCAAAGAGAUCAUAGAGGCACAGUCCACUGUGCACCGAUGCACUGCCACGGUAGACUUCAUGGAGAAGGACCGGAAACCCUAUCCUGCAACCAUCAAUGAUGAGAAUAUGUACAACCACGCAAAAAUAGUCGGUGAGACCCUCUUAGGGCAAGAAAAUGUUGAGCUGAGCCCAAUGGUAAUGGCAGCGGAAGACUUCAGUUUCUAUGGAAGUAAGAUGCAAAGUGCUUUUUUCUCCAUUGGUAGCAGAAAUGAAUCUCAUAGGGGUGUUUACCCUUUGCAUUCUCCUUAUUUCUCUCUGGAUGAGGGGGUGCUCCCUAUUGGAGCGGCGUUUCACGCUUCAGUUGCGAUUUCUUAUUUAGAUCGUGCUUCUUCACAGGUGUAAAUGUUAAUAAAUGAAAAUAGUUUGGAUAUUGGUUUGGCCACUGUAAAACUCUUUUGGAUUAUAGUUGUGAUAGCUGUAUAACAAGCAUUUGUUUUGGUACGUGUCACAGGUCUCUUUUAAGAGUUCCUCUUCUGUUUGGAGUU